AUGGCUCUCACUCUAAAACCAGUAGAUGUUCCAUCCUUCUGCACAACUCAACUUCACCUCUUGGACCAAGAACUUCAAUCCGAGCUGUCCGAAACUUCGACCCUCAUAACUGGAACUUCACCUACCUCCCUGCAGCGGGCUGGACUUGCUAUUACCAAUCUCGUUUUGAUAUCUCAAAGAACGGGAUUGGGUGGAAAAACUGUUGUUGAGUUAGGCCCCGAUCCGGCAACUUCUAGUUCUGGCUCUGGAGGGAAAGGUAAAGGUGGUAGUGGGGGUUCGGGAGAAGGUGAAUUACAAGAGCAUGGGAUACGGGUCGGUGAUAUUGUGGCAGUCAGUGAACAGCCCAGUGGUAGCGCAAAGAAGAGGGAGGUCAAAGAGUUAGAGGAGAAGGGAAGUAGAGGUGUGGUUACUAAGGUAGGGAGGAGUGCGGUGUGGGUUGCGCUGGAUGAGAAUGGGAAGGGCGAGGAGAAUGUUGGGGGUAUGAAAAGAUGUUGGGUGGUCAAGCUAGCAAAUGAUGUUACGUACAAGAGAAUGAAUGGUACCAUAGGAAAGUUGGCGAGGAUGCAAGAAGCGGAAUAUUCGAAUUUCGUAAGGGUUUUAUUUGGAUUGUCAUCACCUUCGCCAGUUCCAGAAACCCUGGGGGAUGCGGGAAUUGAGUGGCUGGAUCCAAGUUUGAAUGAUAGUCAAAAGCAUGCCAUUAAGUUUGCACUUGCUUCGAGAGAAAUGGCUUUGAUUCAUGGGCCACCUGGAGUGAGUAUCCUAUAUUUCUUUUCUGGCAUUCAGCGGGUCAUUUUAAAACUGGAAAAAACCCAUACCUUGAUUGAGCUUAUUCUGCAGAUGCUCAAGCAAAAUCUCAGAGUCCUGGUGUGUGGGCCAUCCAAUAUAUCCGUAGAUAAUAUCGUUGAGCGACUUGCACCACAUAAGGUACCUAUUGUACGCUUGGGUCACCCCGCGAGACUUUUGCCAUCAGUUGUCAAUCAUUCUCUUGAUUUUCUUACACAAACUUCAGAAGCGGCUGCGAUUGUGCAAGAUGUCCGAAAAGAAAUGGAUACCAAACAAGCUUCAAUAAAAAAGACCAAGAGUGGUAGAGAAAGAAAAGCUAUAUAUGGCGAUCUCAAGGAACUUCGUAAAGAGUUUCGAGAACGCGAAAGGAAAUGUGUCAAUACGUUGGUGGGCGGUUCAAAAGUCGUACUUGCAACCUUGCAUGGUGCUGGAGGAUUUCAACUGAGGGAUGAGAAAUUUGACGUUGUGAUCAUUGAUGAAGCUAGUCAAGCUUUAGAAGCUCAAUGUUGGGUACCUUUACUAUCAGCCAGUAAAGUUGUUCUUGCCGGAGAUCAUCUCCAGUUGCCGCCAACAAUCAAAUCACUAAAUUCCAAGACCAAAACGAAAUCACAAGACAAGGAGGCAGAGGGUAUCAUUAAGGGGAUGACUUUGGAGACCACUUUGUUUGACAGAUUACUAAAAUUACAUGGCACUAAAAUAAAAGUCAUGCUCACUACACAAUACCGCAUGCAUGAGAAGAUCAUGAGAUUCCCAUCGGACGAGUUAUAUGAAUCAAAACUUGUCGCCGCUGAAGCAGUCAAGGCACGACUUCUCACAGAACUACCGUAUGAUGUCGAGGAAACAGAAGAUACUAUUGAGCCUCUGAUAUUCUUCGAUACCCAGGGUGGGGACUUUCCGGAAAAGAGUGAAGAGGAGAGUGCUGAUAAGAAAGCUGGGAAGGGAAUGUUAGGUGAAAGUAAAAGUAACGAAAUGGAAGCGAUUCUCGUGAGACGACACGUCCAGAAUCUUGUCGAUGCUGGAUUGAAGGCAGAAGAUAUUGCAGUUGUGACGCCAUACAAUGCUCAGCUCGCAUUGAUGUCUCGAUCGAUGAAGGAGGCCUUUCCCGGUAUCGAACUGGGCAGUGUUGAUGGGUUUCAAGGAAGGGAAAAAGAAGCAAUCAUUGUUUCCCUCGUUCGAAGUAAUAGCGAACGCGAAGUGGGAUUUUUAGGAGAGAGGCGCAGACUGAACGUCGCUAUGACCCGACCCCGACGCUCACUGACAAUCAUUGGUGAUUCGGAAACUGUCUCGAGAGGUAGUCAAUUUCUCAAACGAUGGAUGGGCUUUCUGGAAGAAAAUGCCGACUUACGAUACCCAUCGAUAGCGGAGUUGAACUCGUAAUGACAAUCAAUCAAAUAAGAUUUCGGUUGAAAGAUCCAAAAACCGUUACACCCUCAAGGGCACUCUAGUUCCCGUACCAAAGUUUGAGAUCCAUGAAAGAAAUUAUGCAGUUAGUCCGUAUGCAUGGAGCUUGGAGGAUUGCAUUGCAUUGCAUUGCAUUGCCUCGGAAGCUUUUAGCUUUUCGCGUUUCUUUUUUUGAUCGGUCUUUGCUGAUGACCCACACAAUUUGUCCAGAAACACCAUCGCGGUCGUGCCACGCGAUUUGGUUCUUUCCUCUUCGAGAAGAGGGUGUGCAUCAGACGAAUGACGAACUCGAUAUCAUGAACCCCUUGUAGUUUCACGUAGAGUAUGCAGUAUGGCAGUGGCACGGUUCCCAAGGUGUGCUUCGUACAGAGAUGAUUUUGAGUAAUCCACCUUCUAUCUCCAAAGGACUUGAUAACCCGUUACUUUGGGGAAAAAAAAGAAAAAAGAAAAAAAUGGAAAAAAAAGGAUUCUUACCAUAAAGUCAAAGACCCCCAAAUUUUGAUUAUUCAUCGCGGCGUUAGCUGUCCCAUCUGUAGGUACUGUACCG